UUAACAGGUGUUUUUAACUAUACAAGCAGCAAAAGUUUACCAGGUUACCAUGGAAACAGUGAGGCACCGAAAGCUGUGCGCAGCGUUGACGGUUUACCAAAGUCCGCACAGAUUCCUGGAGACGAGGAACUCGCCAAGCUAGAUGACACACAACUUCUGCUUAUUUACUGGAGAUAUAUAAACAUGUUACACAUUUUAUGUAAAGACAUUAUUCGUGUUGGGAAUCUCAAAGAUGGUGGUAAAGAAAUAUGUGUUGAUCCAGACUAUAAACCGAAAGCACCCUGUCUCGUGUAUUCAUUCGGGAUCAACCACUUGUUUGAUUUUGACAGAGAUAUUGUCGACAGAUUUGGAUGUGAUGUCCAUUGUUUUGAUCCCAGCAUGAACAACGAGACAAGACAAUUAUCUGAACAUAUAUGGUUUUAUAGAUGGGGCCUUGGCGGUAAAAAUGAAGUAAACUCAAAAGGAUGGACUAUAAAAACAUUGGAUAAGAUUCGCCAAGAACUUGGUCACACUAAUCGUACUAUCGACUUGCUAAAAAUAGACAUAGAAGGUGAUGAAUGGAACGCUAUUCCACAAAUGAUCUCAUCCGGAACACUUGAUGACGUCAGACAAAUAUCCAUGGAGACACAUUUUUCUGCAGAACAUGCAAAUCAAAAGGACUAUUGGGGCAAUUUACCGCCAGCUAAACAAUUGUCAGCAUUAAGACAGCUAUACGAUUUUGGAUAUAGAACUUUUAUGCGGGAACGCAAUAUGUGGUCUUAUUUUAUGUGGCGGGGUAUUAAAGGUUAUAUUACCAAUGUAAAUGAAAUUUCAAUGAUUAAACCAAGAUGAUAAAAAUCUGAUUUAUUUAAGAUGGUAAAAUGAUGAAAAUGUCCCAAGCUGCCAAAUCAGUGUUUACAAGUUAUCAACAUAGUGAAUACACAAUGUACCAUUGACUAUCAUAAAAUGACAAGAUAGUUAAAGGGGGUGGGGGUGGGGGUAAUUGUUUAUAUUGAAUGUAAUUAUAAAAUGUUAUGCAAAAUGUAAUGUAAUUAAAUGAUGCAGGUUCAUUUUCAUUAAACCUGAUCAUUUUUCAUUUAUAUUGCCGCAUAUAUAAAUACGUCUAUACACCUAAAGAAAUAUGCAUUAAAAUGCAAAGCAUUAUUUGAAUUAAGAGCACACACAUAGGGUCAAUAUAUUAAGUUUUGUUAAUACAUAUAUGUCAUUUAAUGUUUCAACCAUUGAUAUUCAUCAAUCUUACAAAUCUUACAUUAGGGUUAUAGAAUAUAAAUAGAUGGGCUGCAAGCCGGUCGAAUCUUUGA